CUACUCCCUCUGCUUCUCUGUCCACCGCCUCCGCAAUCAAACCGCAGGCUCUCUACACGUAUCUAGAGCUCUCCUCUGUUUACUUGAACCCAAACAUCCAAACCUCUCCAUAAACCACAGCCAUGGCUACCGAGAACGGCACCACCACCUCUGGGGUCCAGGACCCCGCCACCUUUGGCGACUCCAAGGGAAAGGGCAAGGCUGCCGCGGCGACCGAGGACGACACCAUGAAGGACGUCUCCAUGGGCGAGGAUGAAGAUGACGAGGACGAAGAGGAAGACGCUGAUGAGGAGACUGAAGCUGCCGACGAGGAGGAUGGCCUGGAGGAGAUUGAUCUCGACAACGUGAUUGGCCGCCGCACCCGCGGAAAGGUCAUCGACUUCGCCAAGGCGGCCGAGGAGAACCCGCCCAACAGCACGACCGCAACAACAGCAUUUUCCGUCGAUUGCCCUCUCGUCCCUGCAUAACUGUACGGGUCGGGGUGGCUGUUGAAGGGAUGAUGAUGAUCAUGACGACGGGACGGUUACGCAUAAUCUCCCCAAAACCCUCUCCCCAGCUCUUAAAUUCUCCUUCAGCCUCUUUCUGGAUCGGAUGCGACCUUACUCU